AUGGAGCAGCAAUCACGACCUUCAUCACCGGAGCAAAAUUUGUGGAGUUCUAUCCUGAAUUCCGUUUCCUCAAGCCGGUCGAUACCAUCGGGAAAUGUUGUUGUUCUCGGGGAACCCGGCACGGGAAAGUCAACUUUGAUUAAUGCGAUCCUUCAGAAGCCUGCUAGUGUCGUACAUAACGAUGGCGAUUGGGGAGGGAAGAGCGAUUUUGCUUUAGGGUACGAAUGGGCGAACGUUAAAGACGAGAAAGACGAAGACACUUUGGCACGACUGUCCGUGUACAGUGUUCCUUCGUGUGCACACGCUUACGUCUCCCUUCUGCCUCGAUUCCUCUCUCCAAGAACAUCCUUGCCGCAUACACUUGUCCUAAUUACAAUUGAUUGGACCCGUCCAUGGACAUUCAUUCAACAACUCGAAGCAUGGUUUAACUGGAUCGAACAAUGGCUUGAUAAAGACACCUCCAGAGAAAUGAAGAUAGCAAAAGAGGAGGGGAGAGAGAGAUUGCAGUCACACCUCCAACACUACACAGAACCGUCCGCGUCUAUCAGUGGCGUAGAGCCCGUUUCCAUCGGGGCUGCGGCGCUGAACGCUACCCUCUUGCCACUGGGGCAAGGUACCCUCAUUCAUAACUCUUCUGGAAUCCCCAUUGUAGUGGUUUGUUCGAAAGCAGACCUGAUUGACAAUGAUGAUACUGGUUUGGCGGGGUUGAAAGGGCGAGGGGGGGACUGGGAAGAACGUUCGGAUACAGUAAUGCAAGUGCUGAGGACAAUUUGUCUGAAAUACGGCGCUGCACUGUUCUAUACGAGUCAACAGCCUGCCACCCUCGCAGCUUUGCGCCAGUAUAUUCUUCAUUUCUUAUUCAUUCCCCCAUCCCCUCCUGCUGGUUCUCCACCCCUAAAGUAUUCAUUUGCAUUUUCACAACGACCGAAUACGCUGGAUCGUGACCGUAUCCUUGUCCCUGCUGGUUGGGACAGUUGGGGUAAGAUAGCUGUUCUCCGGGAGGGUUUUGAUGCCACGCGCUGGGGAGAGGCAUGGGAGCGCGACAUGGAGUCAGGGGAAGCUGUCCCAGGAGGAGCCAGGGAGUUGUUCGCCUCAUUGAUUGGGGAAGAUGAGGGUGCAAAGGAGCAAAUGUUGCCACCGCUCAUUGUCACACAACCGGAGCAGACGUUCUUGGCUCAACAUUAUGAGAGCCUGUCCAAGGACCGUGAUCCUCGUCAGCAGUUCAGACAACCUGCAGCCUCUGACCCUUCUGCACAGGGUUAUUCUGCAGGCGCUGGGGUGGUGGGACCCAUGGGUAGCUCGAUUUUAGCGUUACCCAGCGUAGAGAAGGUUAUGAAAGAGCUAGAAGGGGAAGACGCAUCUUCAAGGUUGCUUCGGGCCACUGGUGCGGCAUCUCGAAGAGUAAGCCUUGGACCUUCCCUGAAGGAUAAUCGACCGCCCGCAAUACCCACUGUUCCCAACCUUGCAUUACCUUCCCUUAGUGCCAGUGUCCGAAGCUCAGCGCCGUCCAGUGCCGGGCCAGGUUCUGUUCCCCCCAGCGCCACUGGAGAUGGGCGAUCGCAGAACGAAGUUUUGCAAAACUUUUUCCAGAGUCUUCUAACGAAUCGUGCUUCUGGAAGUGGACCGUCCCCCAGGGCGCCUGCCACCGCGCUUCCAAGCGCAAACGGAUCAAGCCCAGGGGUGAAUGGGAACACCACAUCAUGA